AUGACUACUGCCAGCAAGCCACUUCGAACACCCAUCUUGAAAUUCCUACACAACCACAACCCCACACCGGCAUCGCCAACGAUGGAACGUCGCCACCCCAUAACCUGCCAUGUCCUCAACACCCACAGCGGGACGCCGGCAGCGGGGCUAUCCUGCUCACUCAACCUGAUCAGCGUCGACAGCCCGGCCCGCCAGGCCAGCUCGCUGCUGGUCUCGGAGCACGGCCCGCUGAGCUUCCACGGCGUGACGGAUUCCGACGGACGCGUGACGGCGUGGCAGCCCGCGCACCCUUCCUCGCUGUCGUUGCCGGACGUCAUCGCGUCGUUUCCCGGUCGAGCAGCAACAGCAGCAGGAGGAGGAGGAGGAGGAGGAGGAGGAGGGGGAGGCGCGGGGGCCUCCGCUGCACGGUCUGUCUGGAGCAUCCGGCUGAUGAACGUGGCCGGGUGGUACAAGGAGCGCGGGGUGGAUUCGUUCUGGCCGGAGGUGGAGGUGAGGUUCGUGGUGGAGGGGAAGGAGGGAGAGGAAGGCUGGAGGCACUAUCAUGUUCCGGUGCUGCUUGGGCCGUGGAGCUACUCGACAUAUCGCGGAUCUUAA